AUGAAAUGGAAAUCAAUUACAAAUAUUGGAGCAGGUUUAUAUAAUAUUGGUAAUACAUGUUUUAUGAACUCUGUUCUCCAAUGCCUUACAUAUUCACCAGCAUUAGCAAACUAUAUGAUCUCAGGUGAACAUAGCAAAAAUUGUACCAAUAAAAGUUUUUGUAUUUUCUGUUCUAUAGAAAUUCACAUUAUUGCCAGUCACAAAGCUACUGGUAAAGCUACAACUCCAUUGGUAAUUGCUAAAAAUAUAGAAAAGGUUGCACCAACAUUUAGAAUUGGUCGUCAAGAAGAUUCACACGAAUUUUUUUGUUUUGUAAUUGAUUCUCUUCAAAAGGUUUGUCUUUCAAAAUUUCCAAAAGGUUCAAUAAGUCCACGUGAUUCAAUGACAACCGUAAUUGGUUCCAUAUUUGGUGGUUAUCUCAGAAGUCAAGUUAAAUGUACAGUUUGCCAAUAUGAAUCAAAUACAUUCGACGAAUUUAUGGAUUUAUGUGUCGAAAUCAACCAGGCAAACUCUUUAACUAAAGGACUUCAAAAUUUUGUAAAACCAGAAAUCCUUGAUGGCGAAAAUGGCUAUAAAUGUAAAAAAUGUAAUAAGUUGGUAAAAGCAGAAAAAAGUUUACAAAUUGAAAUCUCACCUCCAGUUUUAACAGUUCAAAUUAAACGUUUCUCAUUUUUGAAUUCGUAUGGUGGUAAAGAUAAUAAGCAUAUUCAAUUUGGUCAAACUUUAGACCUUUCACCAUAUAUGACCCAAAAAAAUGAUUAUUCAAUCUAUGAUUUAAAUUCAGUAUUGGUUCAUUUAGGUGAUAGCGCAAAUUCAGGUCAUUAUUACUGCUAUGUUAAAGGUUCAAAUGGUGUAUGGUAUAAAAUGGAUGAUUCAAUGGUUUCACAAGCCUAUAAUGUAUUCUAUACCAAGGGAUAUACUGAAAGAUCCAUCAACACAAAUUCAGUUAUCCCUAAAAAUACAUUGGGUCUAAAGAGAAAAUUAGAAGAUGAAGUUAGUGAACUACCAAAACAAGAUAUUAAGAAACAAUUCAAAAUUAGUGAAACUGAAAAGAAACCAAUUGUUGAAGAAAAGAAUUCACCAGUAUCAAAUGGUUCAAAUCCAACCAACACAGCUGCACCAAUUAAAGUUGUAUCAACAGGAGCUAAAAGAAAAUUAGAAGAUGAAGUUAGUGAACUACCAAAACAAGAUAUUAAAAAACAAUUCAAAAUUAGUGAAAAUGAAAAGAAAUCAAUUUUUUAA